GCACCGGCAUGCACAGUCUCCCAAGGCUCAUACCGCUGAAGAGUACGCCCCACUCUCUCUCUCUCACACACACAUACACUCACGCUCUCCCACUCAACCUCUCCCUCACACACAUACACACACACACGUGCUCGCAGUCACACACACGCGCAGUGCUGUCAGGAGCGCCGCUGCUGGACCACAGCCAUCUCGCGAAGGAGGUUCCAGUGGAGGGAAGAGAAAGCCAGAGCGAGCGUGAGACAAAGGGAAGGAGGACGGUAGAAGGAGAGGAGCGAAUAGGAGCGCGGGUACCGGCACAAGGAAGGAGAGACCCAGCGCUUUGUGAAGAACAGAAAGCGAGGGACAGGAGGAGGGAGGAGGAGAGAGGAAAAAAAGAGGAGGGGGAACAGGAAACGCGAUCACUUUCAGCUGCAGCGGUCCGUGUCGCAGCAUGGGCAAUGCACCAUCCCAAGCCAACGCCGGGGCCUGUUUUCCUAAGCAAGAUCCCGAGCGUGGUGGCAGUCACAUGAUCUCCACAGAUGACCUGGAGUAUCCACGGGAGUACCGGACGCUGGGGAACAGCGCCCGGCGCUUCUCCAAUGUGGGCCUGGUGCACACGUCGGAGCACCGCCACACCGUCAGCGCCGCCCAGAGCCUGGAGGCCCUGACCAACCUGCACAAGGCUGACAUGGAACGCAAGAGGGACGCCUUCAUGGAUCACCUGAAGAGCAAGUACCAGCAGCAGCAGCAGCUGCAGCAUCCGCACCACAGCCCGCACCACACCCCACCAUCGCCCUCACCCUCCCACGCCAGCAUGAGGGGAACAUCAGAGCGGUCUGCACGGGAGCAGCAACAGCCCAACUACUGGAGCUUUAAGAGCCGCAGUCCACGGCAUUCCCAGUCUACACAGUCUGGGCUUGCCGACCAGGCCGCCAAGCUCUCCUUUGCCUCCGCUGAAUCCUUGGAGACCAUGUCAGAAGCCGACAUCCCCAUCGGGUUCAACCGGAUGAACCGAUUUCGCCAGAGCCUGCCGCUGUCCCGCUCUGCCAGCCAGAAUAAGCUACGAUCUCCAGAUGAAUUUUCAGGAGUGCUGUUCCUGCAGUAUGGAGAUGAGACCCGUCGGGUGCACAUCACUCACGAGCUGAGCAGCCUGGACACACUGCACGCUCUCAUCGUGCACAUGUUCCCUCAGAAGUUGACGGCAGGUAUGCUGAAGUCACCCAACACGGCCAUCUUGAUCAAGGACGAGGCACGCAAUGUCUUCUACGAGCUGGAGGACGUCCGAGACAUCCAAGACCGCAGCAUCAUCAAGAUUUACCGCAAAGAGCCCAUCUAUGCUUCCUACCCUGCUGCUGCACACCUGGCAAACGGAGACCUGAGGAGGGAGAUGGUGUACUCCUCUCGUGACUCCUCCCCAACUCGCCGCCUCAACACCCUCCCCUCCUCUUCGACCUCAGCUUCUGGCUCACCUUCCCGCUCACGCCUUUCUUACAGCGGGGGCCGUCCUCCAUCCUUUGCCGGGUCCCAUUCCCAGCAUGACCAGCAGCGACAUCCCCACCAUCCUUCAGCCGGCCACACCGCCAACGCAGGCCUGUCUCCUUCGCCCAGCGCCAUCCUGGAGCGCCGCGAUGUCAAGCCCGAUGAGGAAGUGUCAGCGAAAAACAUGGCGCUGAUGAAGAACGAGGGGCUGUAUGCAGAUCCUUACAGCCUGAUGCACGAGGGUCGCCUCAGCAUCGCCUCCACCCAGUCGUUAGCUGCCAUUGGAGAUCCCUUUAGCUUCCCUGUCUCCACUGGCCUGUACCGGCGUGGCUCUGUGCGCUCACUCAGCACCUACUCAGCGGCUGCUCUUCAGGGGGACCUGGAGGACUCCCUCUACAAGCCUGGAAGUUCACUCUAUUCUGACACAUACUCAGCCACGCUGGGCAUGGGUUUUCGCAUGCCGCCCUCAUCCCCGCAGAAAAUCCCAGACAUGCAGAUGAGAGACAGGGACUCAUAUUCUAGCUCACCCAGAGCUUCACCUGUCAGGCAGUCGUUCCGCAAGGACUCGGCAUCCUCCUCUGUGUUUGUUGAGAGCCCGAAGUCGAGGCCCAGCUCCAGUUCAGAGCCUCUGUGUCUGACAGCCGGGCCUGGGGAGGGCGGCAGGGCCACGCCUGGUUUUGGUUCUUCAAUAUCUGGACAGGAUCCUGACGGUAGCAGGUCUGUGGAUCAUCGUCUGGAGCGUAUGGAGGCGAUGGAGAAGCAGAUAGCCAGCCUAACUGGUCUAGUCCAGAGUGUGCUGACCAGAGCACCUGACAGUGACAGCACAUGUGGCCUGCUGCGUCUCUGCAUGAUGGCGGGCUGCCCUCCGGACCAAGGGACGGAGUUCUCACGGCCAUUACCUUUCUCUUCCAGCGAGAAGACCGAAACCAACAGCGACGGCUCCGCCACCGGAACUGGACGGCUGAAGAAGAAAGCUCAUACGCCAUCAGCACCUCUAGCUCUGAUGCCACCACCACCAUCCAACAGCGUCAGCCGCUUGCAGAUGCAGCUUCACCUGAACGGCCUGCAGCAAAACGCCACAGACCUGCGCAAACAGCUCUCGCAGCUACGCAAGACGCAGCUGGAGAAUCAGGAUUCAGUGCGAACUUUGUUGAAGCGGACAGAGGCGGAGCUGAAUGUGCGCGUGGCCGACGCCCUGAGGAAGCAGGAGGAUCCUCUGCAGAGACAGCGCCUCCUGGUGGAGGAGGAGAGACUCAAGUACCUCAACGAGGAGGAGCUCAUCAUCCAGCAGCUCCAUGACCUGGAGAAAUCCGUGGAAGAGAUCCAGAAGGAGUCGUCUGUCAACCACAAGCUGGUGACAGUGCAGGAGCUGGAGGAGAAGGCCACGGUUCUGAGAAAGCUGGGAGAAACUCUCACAGAGCUGAAAAAUCAGUUCCCAGGCCUGCAGAGUAAGAUGCGGGUGGUGCUCAGGGUGGAGGUGGAGGCUGUAAAAUUCCUGAAAGAGGAGCCACACAGGCUUGAUGCCCUGUUGAAACGCUGCAAGACUAUAACUGACACCCUCGCCGCCAUGCGCAAACAAGCGAAUGAAGGGGUGUGGAAGAAGCAGGAAGACUUCUCCAAUCCUUCAUCAAAGCACAACGACGACUUGAGAAAGUUUUCAGACUUUGACAUCCCCACCAGCCCACCACUCACCAUAAAUGACCUUGGGGGAGGCAACAGUCUGUCCAACUGGAGCCCCCACUCCAGUCUCAGCCGUGGCCACGGGAACCCUCACAAGGACAAUCAUCCUCCUGUCCCCCACAAGGGCAAAGCCUUGGAGGAGCUGGAACGCCGUUCUGCUGCUGACAAAGCUUUGUCUGUGGAAGUUCGACUGGCAGCAGAGCGGGACUGGGAGGAGAAGCGAGCCAGUCUGACACAGUACAGCGCCCAGGACAUCAACCGGUUGCUGGAGGAGACCCAGGCUGAGUUAAUGAAGGCUAUUCCGGAUCUGGACUUUGCUGCCAAGCAGAUUAAGCCCUCCUCCAACACACCAUCCUCCCAGAACCUCCAGAUGGGGGCAGCAACCCAAGAGCACCGCGUUAAUAAGCCCCAGCACAAGCUUUCUGGAAAAGAGGGAGGAUCCAGGCGUGGCUCUGAUGAGCUGACAGUACCACGGUAUCGCACAGAGAAACCCUCCAAGUCUCCUCCUCCUCCGCCACCUAGACGUAGUUUCCCGUCUUCUCCAGGUAUGACCAGCCGCAGCGGGGAGCCCCUCAUUCCUGGAAAAAGUAUAAAGAAGUCUGAAUCUGAAGAGACUGAAGCCCAGAAGCCUCACGUGAAACUGAGGAGGGCUGUGUCUGAAAACCCUCGUCCUGCAUCUACACCUCCCACACUCGCCUCGGGGGACAAGGAGGAAAGAGAGGAGGAUAAAAUUGCUGCUGAGCUGGAGCUGUUUGAGAGAGCCCCGCUCAGGCUCACUCUGCCCUCUCCCCUUCCCAUGCUUGUUAGUCCCUGCAGCAGGAAAAGUGUUCCCCCGAGCAGACUGAGCCUGUGGCCCUCUGAGGCCUCAGGUACAGAGGGAAGGAACUUCUCUCCUGUCCCCCACAUCGUGUUGACAGAGUGUCUUCCAACUGCCUCAGAGGAUCCUGUCAGAGAUUUAGAAAAUGAAAUUCCAUCACAAGACUGUACUAGUCAUUGCACCCUCUACCAGACUCAAAUUUCAAAACAAGUGGAAUCAUUUGGAAGCUCUCCUCAGCCACAGCGAGAGCAGUGUUGCUUUAAAGAGGAAGUUGCCCUGCUGUUGACAGAGCUGGAGGUGAGGGUGAUGUCUCCUCUGGAGGCCCAGGAGAUCAGCAGGAUUACAGGAGAGGCUUUACACACACUGACUGUCUCACCACAGACUAAAGAAGUCUCUGAAGUCCAGCUGAGGGACCGGCCUCUCCUGGUGCUCUUCAUGGAGGAAGAAACCGUCAGUCAGGUCUACAGGCGGCUGUAUUCCCUUUUGCAGCCAUCGAAGCCGGUGCCCAAACCCAGAAUAAAAUCCUCCCUCCCCUCAGGCCAGCAGAGCUCCCUGGUAGAGGCUCUGAGGAGAGGCAUAGAGACAGGGGACAGGGUGCUGACACUUCACCACAACACUGAAAUCAAGACAAUUCCUGGGGUACAGCAGCAUUCAGUAAAUACAACUACAUUGCCCGAUGGGUCAGCCAGCUCUGUUGACAGUCUGUCCAACCAAAACCAGAGGAAAAUGAGAGAUGAUAUCAGGCACAGCACCUACAGGAGGCUGGACAGCUUGGAGGAGACAAUACGUGAACUGGAGAACACCUUGAUAGAGCUCAGUGGCCAUCCAACUGCAGAGCAGCUCUACAUUGAGACAUGCAACAAAGGCACUCCUGUGCAGACGACAGGCAGCCCGACCUCGGAGACCAUGAAGCCUCCAGUCCCACCCAAGCCGUCCUCUUUGAGCCCAGCAUCGAUCCAGGGAGGACAUACCAGCAUUGGCAAGGUUCUCCAGUCAUCAGCUGCCUCCAAACUGAAGCACCUGCAGCAGAACAGCACAGACAAGACUAAGAGUGGCAAACGAGAGGACUUCCUGAAGACCCAGGGCCAGCAGCAGCAGUGAGCAACCUGUCCGUGUCCAGCCUCUUCAGCUUCCUCCUCCUCCUCUUCACCUGUCUAGAGAGCUACACACACAUCCUUCCGCCCACCCCACUUUACUUCAUCAGCUUCUCUCCAAAAUCCUCACCGAACCCCAAUCUGUGUGCAUUUGUGGAUGUGUGUGAGCGAGGAUGUGCGCGCGUGCAAGCAUGCAUGCACGGGCAUGUUUGACUGUAAUAGUAAGGGAAGGUGCUGCAGGGGACAGUGCCCAGCCAAUUUUAAGACUUUAAUUU